AUGAAGUUCACUUUCUUUGUCCUGCUGGUCGCUGCCGUCGGGCUGGUGCUUGGGGCUCCGAUGCCACCCUCGGCCCCUCUGGGCCUCGAACCGGGCGUCAAGUACUUAUGGGACUCUGCUCUCGUUGGCAACUUCCAUGCCUCGCUGCUUGCAUUCGAUCGAGACCUGAACAAUGCCUGGCGCGCUUUCCUCGAAACCAAAGGCAGACAGAUAAUUGACCAACACUUCGCCAACUACGGCGAGGCCAUUCGAAGUGGAAAGUCGACAAUCAUGGGAGUGGUUCAAUUCGAGAACCCUUCGGUCAUCAAUGUGCGCUACCACCCGGAACUGCAGCCGCUGUCGCUCAAGAUCGUGCGCGCGUUUGUCGAGGAACGCAUUGAUCGAGAGUAUCGCCUCCACAGAGUCUCGCUGCGACUCUUGGAGGAAGCCAAGGAGCAUCUGCGCGCAGCAGAGCAAGAGAGGCGCGAGUCCGAGGAGUGGAAGGGCUGGCUCAACGACUCGGACGGCCAAGCUGGUCCGAGCUCGGCAGGUAGCCGCGCUAGUUCACGCGACUAG